AUGGCUCGACAGCUUCCAAAGCAACAGGAACAGGAAGAGACUCCUUCCACCCCCGACACCACAGGGUACCAACGGAACGAGAUACUGAAUCUCUCAAUGAUGGCGAAAGUACUCCGUGACCGCGAGGAAGACGUCGUAAGGACGAUGUUGCAGGAGACAAAUGUAUUGUCGAACGCGGUAAUCGAAGAGGCUAUUGAGUUGCUGUUUACCGAGGUCAUUCCUGAUACUGAUUUUGAGUCAUUUCCGGACUUUAUGAGCAUUAUUGCUCAAGAAUUGGAGGAGACUUACUGA